GCACUGAGCUGUGGUGAGGCUGCUGCGUCAGGUUAUACUGGCUGGUCCCCAGUCCAGCAUCCCAGUUCUCACUGACACAUCUGCUGCUCUCCUGCAGUCCGCUCAGCAUGUCUUCAUAAAAGAUGGUCCACGCAUCGCUGUAAACCAGAUUUUCUGCUCUUGGUCGCACUGUGACAUAGGUUGACAGCCUGGACUCGGGGGAGCUGAAAAUGAUGUCCUCUUACUACCACCCUGUCAAGGAAGCAGACAUGGCGGCCAUGACCGAGCCGCUCUGCCUGGAAAGAGAUGUGUGUAGGGUGAUCGAGCUGCUGGACCGGCUGCAGCGGAGCGGGGAGCUGCCUCCUCCCAAACUGCAGGCCCUGCAGAGAGUCCUACAGAGCAAAUUCUGUGCUGCCAUCAGAGAGGUAUAUGAGCAGCUAUAUGACACUCUGGACAUUGCUGGAGGACCAGAGGUGCGAGCACAGGCUACUGCCAAGGCCACAGUGGCAGCCUUUGCAGCCAGUGAGGGCCAUGCCCACCCAAGGGUGGUGGAACUGCCAAAGACAGAGGAGGGUCUGGGCUUUAACAUCAUGGGGGGCAAAGAGCAAAAUUCCCCCAUCUACAUCUCCAGAGUGAUCCCUGGUGGGGUGGCCGAUCGCCAAGGAGGGUUGAAGAGAGGAGACCAGCUGCUGUCUGUCAAUGGAGUGGUAAGAAGCUCAGACCCACUGAGAGGAGAGAAGGAGAGCACGACCACCAGCAGUCGCCAAAAACAGCUUCAGCUGGUGUAAGGCAUCGAUAUUGGCCAAAACCAGACACGGAUAGUGGUUUAUACCUCAAUGAGUGCAUUUUCACGCACAAAAUAUUUAGGUGUUUGCCCUUAUUCCGAAGACAAUAUUCCUAAUUCCAUAAUUUCGUUGUACCCUGUACAAUGACAAUAAAGUCUGUUCUAUUCUAUUCUAUUCCUACUAAACUGUUUACUUGGCUAAUAAAAAUCAAUAUUCGACUGUUUACAUGCAGCUGUGCAUACUCAGAUUACGGUAAUCUGAUUACAGUGCCCAAACAUGUCAUUUAUCACAUCAAAAUUUGGAAAGGUGGAUCAGCUGGAGCCAUUUGUCAUUUUGCCUCUUAAUAUCAAAGCAGGGUUUUCUUCAAAGUUUCCUACCUGUGGCAGACUUUCACCUUGUAAACACAGCCUCCCUUUUCAUUCCUUCAGCCUCCAUUCUUGAAAAGGUUGGCGUUGUGUCAGUGUGGGUUUUCUCCAGGUUCUCUGGCUUGUUCCCACAGUCCAAAGACAUGCAGGUUAAUUGGUGACUGGAAUCUGGCCGUAGGUGUGAAUGUGAGCAUGAAUGGUUGUCUGUCUCUGUGUGUCAGUCCUGCAAUAGUCUGCUGGUCUGUCUGGGGUGUACCCCGCCUCUUGCCCAAUGUCAGCUGGGAUAGACUCCAGCUCCCCUGUGACCCAUAACAGGAUAAUUGGAUACGAAAAAUGAAUGAAUGAAAAAAAAGAAGCAACUGAAUGGAGAAUCUCCCCUUUAUUUUAAUUAUUUUCAAAGGGAAGAAUUUUUACACACACUUCCAGUAACAAAAUGGUUUGAAGUUUCAAUUAUAGUAAUAAAACAUUUACUCAACCACCCUUCCUUCAUUCUUUUAAGGCUCAUUUCAACUGAUAAUAUUAUAGAUUCUGUAAUACGGUGAUACCAUGAAACCGCAAUAUUUUCUGAGAUGGUAAUGGUACCAUGAGAAUCUUACACUGUUACAAUCCUAGUUGGUUUGUGUUACAACAGGGCUGAUCAUAAAUAGGGAAGAGGCCAUGUUUGUCAAACUGUGGUAAAAACCCCAGUUGCAACACAUAUUUUAAAUGCACAGUAUACAUGUACAAAUAAUGCUAUUAAAACCUAAAUAAUACAGACGUCUCUCGCAUGUCUUAAGAAAAUGCUUAAUUCGCAAAAAGCACCUAACUCGGAAAAUCCAAACAGAAUAUGCUGUUUACAUGACCUGUAUCAAAUUCAGUGUGCAUGUAAAACUGGAGUUAAAAGCCUGGUGCGUCUAAUACAGACACUAAAGGGAACCUACUGCAUUGGUAUCAGACCUUGAGGGGCGUGACAAAGUGGCAGUAUUUGAUUACCUGGGACUGAGACGAGAAUGUCUUCACGCUCUCUCUUAUUAAAAGCAACUCCAGAUACAGAUACACUUGAAUUUGUGUGAUGUGUGUAAAUGAGGCCAAGCCUAGAUUGAAAUGUCCAACUGGGCAGUGUCCUGUCUGACAUGGUGGUGAGUAGCACAGGAGUGGGCUGGAAGUAAUCACCUGUUGCUGAACGUAGCCAAGACUAGGGAGAUGGUGAUUGACUUCAGAAGGAAGAGGACGGCUUCUCAACCCUUGUGCAUACGGAGAGAGGACAUCACCAUGGGCGAGGACUACAAGUACCUCUGCAUCCACAAAGACAACUGACUGAAUUGGAAGGCCAACACCAAUGCUGUGUACAAGAAGGGGAUGAGCAGACUCUAGUUCUUGAGGAAGCUGAGAUCUUUCAAUGUGUGCAGCAAGAUGUUGAAGCUCUUCUACCAGUCUGUUGUAGCCAGUGCACUUUACUUUGUUGUAGUCUGUUGGGGGAGCAGCAUCGGAGCCAGUGAGACCAACAGACUUAAGAAACUCAUUAAGAAGGCUGGCUCUGUGAUUGGCUGCAAACUGGACUCAUUUGAAGCAGUGGUGGAAAGGAGGACACUGAACAAACUGUUAUCCAUCAUGGAUAAUCCUGACCACCCUCUUCACCACAUAGCCUAAUGGACAGACAUCCAACAGACUGUUACAGUUUCGCUGUCACGAGGACAGAUACAGGAAAUCAUUACUCCCCCAAGCCAUAAAACUUCACCUCUGUCUGUCAGAGAGCACUCACAGCUCUCUACAGUCUCUCCUCUAUAGCUUAGUAAUAAUUUCAUUACAACCAUUUGUUUGCACUGCUGGUAAUAACCAAUUGCACCAUUUUUCUUUCUUUCUUUCUUGCUUUCCUGAUUUCUCACCCCUGUCACAGUCUGCAUUCUGCUCCCCUGCUUUCCCUGUGUUUUUCCACUCUACCUGCCAGCCACGCCCCCCUCAUCAAGACAACUCCACACAGCUGCUUCUCAUCAGCAGCUGCUGCCUUUUCCUCCAUGCAAGACAUUCCAGCACUCAUUCUUGGCUUGAUUCCCCGGUUCCCCGGUAUCGACCCUGCUUGUUCCUGACCUGUCUACGUUAUCUUUUUCCUGGUAAACUCACCAGCAGUCUGUCCCUGACCAUGAGUUCUGCCUCUGUGUGUCUGGUUUCCAUCUGCCUGUGGCUGUGUGGUGUUUUCCUGCCAUGACUUUUCAGCAUCCUACUUCCCUGCUGCUCAUCCCUCGCCGGCUCUGCUGCUUCGCUGGACUGCUCCUCUGGUUCCGGGUCCCUCCCCUUUUCAAACUACGCCAUCAGUAAGCCCCUCUUUAUUAACUCUGCCUGCUUGCCAACUGAACUGCUCAGCCUGGUCCACUCCCUGGCCCCUGAACCUAGAGACUGUGUGUGGGCUCUGAGCCCUGAAGAAUGAACUGCUGAACUGAAUCUUUGUCAGCUCAAGUUUCUGGUUAUUCUGUGUUUAAAUAAAGUCAUUACCAACUGUCUGUCUGCCUCUGAGUGCUGCAUUUGGGUUCAUUCACAUCCGUGACAACCCCAAAACAAAGGCCUGUGGUUGAUCAUUAAGAAUGUCAAUCAAAAGAUGUUUUUACAUCAGAGCAGACUUCACUAAUUCACUUCUCAGCUGUGAACACUGGUGUCUUAAUCAGUGAAAGGAACCAUGUAGUGACUGGAAUAGUACCCUGCAGAGCUUUGGCCCCUCACAGCAUGUGGUCUGAGGCUGAGGUGUUUGUG